AAUGGCAAAAACUUAUGUGAAAUCCAAGGACAUGGUGGAGCUGGUCAACACACCAUCCUGGAUGGACGAAGGUCUGGGCUCUCAAAAUGAGAUGAAGGAGGAGGAGAGAAGACCAGAUGCUUAUGGGAUGCUUGGCAGCUUAACUGAAGAGCAUGACAGUAUUGAAGAGGAAGAAGAGGAGGAAGAAGAUGGGGAUAAACCUAAGAGAAGGGGUCCCAAGAAGAAGAAGAUGACCAAAGCACGCCUUGAGAGAUUCAGGGCUCGAAGAGUCAAGGCCAAUGCUAGAGAACGGACCCGGAUGCAUGGCCUGAAUGAUGCCCUGGAUAACCUGAGGAGAGUCAUGCCAUGCUACUCUAAAACUCAAAAACUUUCCAAGAUAGAGACUCUUAGACUGGCCAGGAACUAUAUUUGGGCUUUAUCUGAAGUUCUAGAGACUGGCCAGACACCUGACGGGAAGGGCUUUGUGGAGAUGCUCUGUAAAGGGCUCUCUCAGCCUACAAGCAACCUGGUGGCUGGAUGCCUCCAACUGGGCCCUCAGUCUGUCCUCCUGGAGAAGCAUGAGGAGAAAUCUCCUAUUUGUGAUUCUGCCAUCUCUGUUCACAACUUCAACUAUCAGUCUCCAGGCCUCCCCAGCCCUCCUUAUGGCCAUAUGGAAACACAUCUUCUUCAUCUCAAGCCUCAAGUAUUCAAGAGUUUGGGAGAACCAUCCUUUGGGAGCCAUCCGCCUGACUGCGGUACACCUCCUUAUGAGGGCCCACUCACUCCACCCUUGAGCAUCAGUGGGAACUUCUCCUUGAAGCAAGAUGGCUCUCCUGACCUAGAAAAAUCCUACAGCUUCAUGCCACAUUACCCUUCUGCAAGUCUAAGCUCAGGGCAUGUGCAUUCAACUCCCUUUCAGGCUGGAACCCCCCGCUAUGAUGUUCCCAUAGACAUGUCCUAUGAUUCCUACCCCCACCAUGGUAUUGGGACCCAACUCAGUACAGUCUUCACUGAGUAGGGCAGUAAGAUCAUCAUUUCAGAGAAUGAUGUGGAGACAUUUCCCAUAAUUCAAGUAGUUGAGCUGAAGGUUCAAUGACCUUAAAGGAACCCUGUGGAUAUACAUCAAACACGAUCGGCCUAGUCCAUUUAGGCCCUCCUUCACCUAUCACCCUCCUUUCUCACCAACUUCUCACAUUGUAUUGAUUGUUUUAGAGGGUCCUCAGGUGAAACUGUAUGAUGACUUCCAACCCUGUGGAAAUAGAAAAGAAGACCUGGGCCCUAUGCCAGUGGUGCCAAAAACUCAUUGAAUAAUCUAUGCCAAUGAAUUUUCCAUUUCUGGUCUUUGCUUGUUUGCUGGUAAUAUAAGGCAUGAGGCAGCUGUUCGGAGUCUAGAUGAUUUCUGAAGUCCUUUGCAGUUCUAAAAUUCUAUAACUUUGGUGAUCACUCAUAAAUUUCUUGAAACUGAAAGAAUUGAGCAAUAAUAGGAAUGGACACCAUGCACGGAACGAUCAAAUGGAAUUGCCAAAGGGAGCACAAAGUAUACGUCUCUCGCCUCACAGAAUGUAAAGUUUCUUUGGACUUAACAAUAGUACUUCUUUGCAUCUAUUUAUGAGCUGCUUCCAGAAGCUAAAAUUCUAACGUGGCUGUCACUGCGAAUAACAAAGCCUACUCUUUAAGAGAUUGACUCUAUUUCUCACUGGACUGAGAGUUGAACAUAUCUUCCUUAGUGAUUUGAGAACCAUAAUAGAGGCAAGGCCUCAUGCCAACUUUAUUGCUGAUAAUAUUUCAAAUCACUUUUCUCGGUACUAGAAACAGGGCAAGCAAGUCACAGAUGCUCAGACUCCUAUGAUUAAUGGGACAUAGAGAGAUCAUCUAGACCAUUUCAUGGCCUCCAUAACCAGAUUCUGGAAAUUCAGAUGAAGCUCAGGUGCUGCUAUUGGAACCAGCACACAACCCAGGUUUAUAGUAAAGAGCAAUAAAAUAGCUAUUGUCUAUACUAACUACCAUAAUUCAAAAACUCUUUCCAGUUCACACUUGCCAAUAGAAAAACCACUGGAUCUUUUUUAGCAAGAUGAAUUUCAUUUGGUUAAAGUAAAUGUGAUUAAAACCACUGAUCUCUCUCCACACCAAUAUAUUUUCUAGAAGCACAAGCACCAAUUUAUUGACCAAGCUUGAAUUUUUCCAACAUAUAUGCAAUUAUAUCUCCUCCAUUUAUUACCUCUUUCUCACGUCUAAAAUAUAAUAUGCUAUUACAUAUUGUACAUAACAUUUCAAAUAACCAGAUUUAGGAAUGCAGAAAUAAAAUCCAAAGUCAGUGAACACUUUUACCAACGAUGUCUUCAUCACAGAUUUAACCCAAUCUGCAGAAUGUUUAUUUUUCUCCAUAUAACUCCUCUUUCUUUUAUAGCAACACUAACUUUGUCAAAUUUAUCUUUUUUUUCAGAAAAAUGAGAUCUGAGAAAUUUUAUUAUCCUCUUCAAUCUGCAAAGACAAUUAUUUUAGUCAAACCAGAGCCUACAUGGUAGUGGAUCAUGUUCUGUUCCUGCCAGACAGAAUAAGUUUAGUAUGCAGAGUAGCAAUAGGGCCAAUGAGUAUAAUUAAUAAGUCAGAUUAGUAUAUCAUUUCCUACAGCUCAGCUAUCUCCUAAAAUCUGCCUAACUAUAUGUAUAUCUUGUCUUUUUAUUCCUCUUAUUUAUUAUCUCCUUAUAGUCUAAGUUAUUUUCUUCCCAUUUUGCUUGCAGCACUUACCCUGCUGUAUUUUGCACCCUUGGUUUGUCAAUCCCCUUGAAAGUAGCCUUGCAGAGAGAUCUUAAACCCACUAGUCACCAAAGUGGUUCCCCUCAUUGCAAUCUGCUCCAGAGGGAAUAGGCAAGAAAAAUGACUUAAAUGCCAUCCUAAGUGCUUUCUGGGUAUAUACUGGCACUUACCUUCAUGAAGGGUUGUGGGAGGAUCCAUCCUUGAAGUUAGAAUUUUCUGGCAUUUAAGUUUGGAGAUAAUGAAUGUUGUAUGAGUUAUUUAUUAGAUAUUAUUUAUUUAAUUUAUUUCUCCCUUCCUUUCAUGCAAAUUCUUUGGCCCCAUAGAUGUGUUUGCAAACCUUCCCUAAAGCUUCAUUUGGAAAGUAGUUCAUAAUUUUGCUAGGAAGUCCUGAGUUUUGGAGUGAGAGGAAAAGAGGAAGUUAGUAAAGAAUGAUGUGUAAUCAUUUUAUAAAAAGCAGCAAUAAUUUGAAUGGCUAUGCAAGUUAAUGUUUUUAGAUUUUUUUUCCUUCCAUCUAAAAUGAGCCAGAGUUGGUUUUUGGGAAUCUGUUGUUUAUGUCUUUGGAGAGUAUAGCGCCCAUGAAUCAGGCCUCCCUGGGAUUGUGUAGAGGGAUUUUAUAAUUGAAUUAAAAUUUAGGAAUGCAAUAUGCUUGGAAAGAGCCUGCUCUCCAACCCAGGGUAAUCUCCUCAUUCUUCUGAAGACUUUUUUUUUUUUAGAUAAAGCAAAGCAAUUGUUUAAAUCUUUUGUUUAAAAAAAAAUGACUGUUUUUCCUCCCUUUUUUUUUUUUUUAGCAGAAAUAAAGCUGUGAGUCUUAUUA